AUGCCUCACGCUCAGAGCAAUUCUACCAUUGAGGGCGUAGAGCUCCACGUCAAUGAUGGCCUUCUGGCCCAAACGGAAGUUGCCAAACUUCAACCCUCUUCCCUCGAUGAACCUCUCAAUGUUCUCUAUCAGAGGUUUCUGUCCAAUGGCUAUCUUCUAGUCAGGGGUCUUCUUCCUUGCGAAGAUGUCCUUGCAGCUCGCGAAGCAUACUUCACAUCCAUGGCCCCAAGCGGUGUUCUCAAACCCGGAACAUCCCCCGUCGAAGGCAUCUUCGACGAUGCAGCAGAUCCAGCUGACUAUCCAGGUAUUGGCGCUGGUAGUGGUCAAAACUCUCGACCUGGCGAGACGAGCGAGUCGAAUACAUUUGUCGACGCAGCUCUCAAAGCCCACACCGAGCCUUGGUACGCUGGUCCAAAGGGCUUCUGUAGCCAUCCCGUUCUCAAAGAUUUCGUGUCCCGCCUAACAGGCUGGGGCUCAAACACCUUACCCGUCCGCCGUACCCUUCUCCGCAACAACACACCAGGCAACAAAGCCAUCGGAGUACACUACGACCAAUCCUUUAUGCGCUAUGGCGAACCAACCUCUGUAACAGCCUGGGUCCCCAUGGGCGAUAUUGCACUCGACGGAGGCGGUCUCAUUUAUCUCGAAAACAGCGAAGCACUGGGUGCAGAGAUAGAAAAUGAUUUUGCGAAGAAGGCCAGAGAUGCGGGUAUGAGUAAUGAAGAGAUGAGAGAUGCCUUCAAUAAGAAUAUGAUGAGUACAGGAUUCUUGGCAGACGGACCUGCAACUUUUGGGAGGGAGCAUGGUAGGAAGUGGCUUGUUAGUAGGUAUGAGGCUGGAGAUGUCGUGUUUCAUACUCCGCAUAUGAUACAUGCUUCGACAAUCAACCAUGACAAGCAGAAUCGGAUUAGAUUGGGUACUGAUUUGAGAUUUGUCAACUCGGCGCGACCAUGGGAUAAACGAUGGGACAAGGACUUUGAGUUUGGUGAUGGCGUCUAA